GCGCACGCUUCCAACAGAGACGCCGCUCUGAUUUGUUUUAUUUUUUUGAGUCAGCUGAUAGCUGACGCUUUUGACUUCUGUGUUCGAGGUGAAAGCAAGCAACAUCCGCACGACACCGAAUUUACUGGUUUUGAUCGAAGCUCAGUCAGUGAAAGGAAAUCAAAGCUGUGUAAAGGAAAUAACAGUAACCAUGGCCCCAACAUUGUAUGAUAAGAAGCCGGAGCCAGGGGAUCUGAUAGAGAUAUUCAGAGGGAACUACCAGCACUGGGCUUUGUACGUUGGUGACGGCUUUGUUGUUCACCUGGCCCCACCCUCCGAGGGACCUGGGGCCAGGGCCAACAGCAUGAUGUCUGUGCUCAGUGACAAGGCUAAGGUGAAGAAGGAAGAGAUCUGGGACGUGGUGGGGCAUGAUCAGUGGUGCGUAAACAACCAGCUGGAUAAGAAGUACCAGGUCAGACCCAUACAUGAGAUACUGAGGGAAGCCCAGGCCUAUGUGGACCAGGAGAUGCCCUACUGUGUCUUCAGGGGGAACUGUGAGCACUUUGUCACAGAUCUGAGAUAUGGGAAGGCUGAGUCUCGACAGGUUCGUCAGGCUGUGGAAACUGUGGGAAUGGCUGCAAUGUUGGGCCUCGGAGUCCUUGCUGUUGCAGGUAUCGCAGUGGCCAUCUUUGGAGGUGGAAGCAAGAAGAAGAAUGAAGAAGAAGAAGAAUAUAAGUGACCAACUGUAUAAUAGCUUCCUGAGCAAGCCAGUCACCAAUAAGCCUAAUAGAUUAUUUUUUUAACUACAGUACUGCCAUCGUCACUU